UGUCGUGUGGAUCUCAACCAUGACCAAAAAUAAACGUCACUCCACAGUCAACUAACCUUCUAUUUUUACCGAAAAAACUUUUAACUCUCUGUGUAUAUCGUGACAUUCAAUACAAUUUCAAGCUCACAAACACAGUGUUACGAAAGCUCUGCCCCGAAAAUAACCUCGGGACAUCCAGUACAAUCCAGACUCUUCGUUCAUGCUUUUAAAUCUAACGGCGAGUGAGCCGGUGCUCAGUAACAUUUUGAUAUCAACGUAAGAAGCAUUGAGUCUUCACAGAAGAAUUUCAACGAUCAAUUUUCGGUUUUUCAUAACGAAAAGCACUCCAGAAUGACGAAAUCGACUCUCUCCCCUCUCGAGCUAAAGGAGAAAGGCAACGCCGAGUUCCAAAAGGGAAACUACGACGAGGCCUUAGAAUACUACACAUCGGCCCUAAAUUUGACCGCAGAAGACACCCCGGAGAGGUCAGUGCUCCACAAGAACCGCGCAGCAGUCCACCUGAAGCAAAAAUCCUACGAAAAAGUAAUCAAGGAGUGCGACGAUGCCCUGAAGAUAACUCCAAACGACCCAAAGGCGCUCUUCCGCAGAUGCCAAGCCCUGGAGUCCCUGGAGCGCUACGAGGAGGCCUACAGAGACGCCCGAUACGUCAUCAACGCAGACCCCUCCAACAAGGCAGUGCAGCCCAUCCUCUCCAGACUCUUCGAGAUAGUCCAGGAGCGCCACAAGCAGAACUCCCGAACGAGUGCCAAAGUCUCCCAGAUGCUGGAGAUGGCCUUCGACAUGAAGACAGACAAAGAGAAACGCGAGACUGCUAUGAACAACCUCCUGGUGCUGUCACGUGAGUCAGCUGGUGCCGAGGGCAUGUUCAAGGAGGGAGUGGUGACAAAAAUCCUGAAGCUCAUAAAGCUAGAAGGAAAAAACGAUGAGAUUGUCAUUUCAGCUGUUCGUGUGAUCGACGAACUGUGCAAGCACAACAUCGAGAGGACAGCAGUGAUCAUCAGGGAGAUUGGCAUUCCCUGGCUGCUCGAGAUGAUGAACAGCAACUCCGAGGAGAGGGUGAACGCUGCUCAGCACUGCAUGCAGACUGUCCUCAACAGCUACAGUGGCUUGGAGAACAAGCCUGACGCAAAGCCAAACAAAGAGCUCUGCGAGAAGUAUAAAACCGAGAUUGACACGAUUCUCUCGUGCCUGGUCUUCAGUACGACUAACAGAACCCUCUCAGGACUGGCCAGGGACGCAGUCAUCGAGCUGAUCAUGAGGAACAUCCAUCAUACAGCCCUGAGCUGGGCCGAGAGGCUGGUCGAGAUCAGGGGGCUGCAGCGGCUGAUGGAGGUGGCCAGUGAACUCGAAGAGUACAAGUACGAGUCAGCCAUGAGCAUCACCCCAUCCACAAGGACGGUGACCAGUGUCUGCCUGGCUAGGAUCUACGAGAACAUGUGGUAUGACAAGUUGAAGCAGAAGUUCAGCGAAGCUAUUGACGAGUACAUAAAGGACAAGCUGCUGUCGCCAGACAUUGAAUCGAAGGUUCGAGUCACUGUGGCCAUCACAACACUGUUGCUGGGCCCCCUGGACGUGGGCAACUCCAUCGUCGCGAGGGAUGGCAUCCUCCAGAUGAUCCUGGUGAUGGCUGACACCGACGAUGUGCUCCAGCAGAAGGUCGCCUGCGAGUGCAUCAUUGCUGCUGCUUCCAAGAAGGAUAAAGCAACGACGAUCAUCAAUCAGGGGGUGAACAUUCUGAAGAAGUUGUACCAGUCGAAGGACGAUGCCAUCAGGGUGAGGGCACUUGUGGGCCUGUGCAAACUGGGGUCCUCAGGGGGCACUGACGCCACUAUCAGACCCUUUGCCGAUGGGGCCACUAAGAAGCUUGCUGAGGCCUGCAGACGAUUUCUCAUUAAUCCCAAGAAGGACAAGGACAUGAGGAAGUGGGCUGUCGAGGGACUCUCCUACCUGACUUUUGACGCCGAAGUCAAGGAGAAGCUUGUGGAGGACCAGCAGGCCAUCCAGGCGAUGAUAGAGCUCGCCAAGACUGGGGACAAGUCGGUGCUCUAUGGGGUUGUCACGACUCUCGUCAAUCUCUGCAAUGCCUACGACAAGCAGGAGGUGAUUCCUGAGAUGGUGGAGCUCGCCAAAUUCGCCAAGCACCACAUACCUGAGGAGCACGAGCUGGACGAUCCGGAUUUCGUUAAUAAGAGGCUGAUUAUGCUGGCGAAGGCAGGGGUGACGAGUGCUCUUGUCGCUCUGGCGAAGACUGAUAGCCAGAAUAGUAAGGAGUUGAUUGCCAGGGUUUUCAAUGCCAUUUGCAGUCAGCAGGAGGUUCGGGGGAUUGUUGUGCAGCAGGGAGGGGCCAAGGGACUGCUGCCUCUGGCUCUUGAGGGCACUGGCAAGGGGAAGAAGCAGGCUUCGCAGGCACUGGCUAGACUCGGUAUCACUAUUAAUCCUGAGGUGGCUUUCCCUGGCCAGAGGAUCAUGGAGGUGAUACGACCACUGUUGAAUCUUCUGGAUCAGGAGUGCUCGGCGUUGGAGAACUUUGAGGCUCUCAUGGCACUUUGUAAUGUCGCUGGGGUCAGCGAUGCUGUCAGGAGGCACAUCCUCAAGGAGGGGGGAUUCCCCAGGAUCGAGGCAUAUAUGUAUGAGCAGCACGAGAUGCUGCAGAGGGCUGCCACUCAGGUCAUUAAUAAUUUGGUCAUGUGUGAGGAGGCUAUCAAGUACUUUGAGGGGGACAAUGACAGGGUCAAGUAUCUUGUGAUCCUCGCUGAGGACGAGGAUGUGGACACCAGUCUCGCUGCCUCGGGGGCUCUUGCCAUGAUCACUUCUGUCAGCAUUAAGGCUUGUAACAAGAUCUUUGAGUCCAAGAACUGGGUCGAGUCUCUCAGGUUUCUCCUCGGGAAUCCCAGUGCUGAUGUGCAGCACAGGGGGGUCGUCAUUGUUGCUAAUAUGAUCAAGAGCAAUAAGGAGAUUGCUACGAGGGUUAUUAUCACCGAUAUUAUGGAGAUCUUGAUGGCUAUUACCAAGAGCGAGGAUGUCGAGAGUGGCAAGGUCAAGGAGAUCGCGCAGGAGGCGCUCGAGGCGGCUGCCAAGUGGGAGCUCAUUGAGAAACAACCUGAGGGGAACGCUGGGGCGCAGAGGGAGUCUUCGGGGGUGGAGAGUGUUGAGUGAGGGCUCAGGGGCAUCUCUUUUCAUGGUUGCACGCAUGAAAAAUUUGAUGGGAAUGUCUAGCGCAUUCGCGUCUAGCGCAUUCGCAUUUUUCAUUCUAUGUUUCUUUUUUUUUCAUUUAGAAAAUGAAAUUAAAAAACUUGAAAAGUUGCAGCCGAAGAAUUCCAUAGAGAAAGUUGUGCGGAAAGAUCCAAUUCUAUUGACAUUUUCUGUAAAAUAUUUUUUAUUGGACAUUUUAAUAUAAUGGGCAAAAAAACUAGUAGAAAGCUCAAUGGAAAUCCAAUUAUUUUUUAAGAUUGAAAAGACGUACGUGAAAUGAAAAAAAUUCAAGUGAAAAAAAAAGUCAAAAAAUCUGACUUUUUCUUCUGAAUCAGUUUUUGAGAUAAAUUGACAAUUCAGAAAAAUUGUGAAUUGGACGAAUUUGGAUGGUUUUGAGAUGUAGAAACCCACUGCAGAAUUAAAACUUGCAUUUGACGAUGGAAUGACGUAUUUAGAUCCAUCUCAUAUCACGAGAUUCAAUAAAUUUAUUUAUUGUUAUUGUACUUAAAGAAUUUAUUUGUAUAUAAAAUAUUACAACUUUA